AUGCCGAACGGGAAGAAAGCGACGGCGCCAGCCAAGCCUCGCAGAGAUGUUUUGGCUUCGCUGCGCAUGGCGUCACUCGAAGAGAUCUCGCGAUCCUCACUGCCUGCAGAGAUCGUGUCUUCGAUUCUCGAUUAUUUAGAUCCGGUCGACCUGAUUCGAGCGGCGAGUUCCUGCAAGCUCCUCCAUGAAAUGGCAUAUGACGAUACUCGAUGGGUCCAACGAUUGAAGCGAAUCGGAUGCUGGGAUGAAUCCGACGCACGCAAACAUGCGGAGAGGAUAUACGGCACCGUCGCCAAUAUGGAAGUGGUUGAAGAGCAGGAUGCCGAAGAAAAGGCUAGUGGUACAGUACCUACUAUCUCAAUUGAGAAACCUCCUGGUUCUGGGGUCAAUGCUAUAUCCGAUGGGUUCGAUAAGAUAGAGCUUGGGAAAGGGGCGACACAACUUGAGCCCCUGGAGAACGAAGCUAUUGACCCCGAUCUAGUGAUUUUGGAACAGGUUAGAUCUAUACGAGGUGAAGCUCGUCAGGAGUAUGGGAAAAUCCACGCUGCAUUGGCACCUUUAUACAACGAUAUUGCGAAGCAUGGGCCAACCACCGAUAAUCUAGUUUUCACCAAGUACAAAAACCCCCAGUUUCAGGCAAAACUACUUUCUCAACUUUUGGCAUUUUCAAAAUGCGAUAUGACAACGGGUUGGGAGGAAAGAGUGGAUCGCCUAGAAGGUGCUGUGUCUAUGUUUGAAGCCGCUGCAUUGAACGAAUUCAGAAACGGAUACGAGACAGACGACAUUGACGGUCUUAUGCGCAAAUAUGCUCACAUUUUAUUCGCUCUAAACGGCGGCAACUCAGCACUAGAGCUAUUUAUACAUCACAACCAUCUAGUCACUCGAAAAUCGGAGCUUGGGAGUUUGGCGGAUUGCAUUGAUGGUAUAACUGGGAAAUUCAAGAUUCAACAUACACAGGCCUUCUUCACACGUCUAAGCGUCGCCUAUAAUGAAGAAAUUACGACUAUCAACCGAGUAUUCUCUUCCGAGUUGGAAGUGGCAUUGCCUUUCAUGCAGAAAGUGGGACAAGACGUUCUUUUUCCAUUUUUGACAGCCAUCUUCGAUGAAUUGCAUCGUAUCAACAAGGAGUCUUACCUCACUGCAAUUUCUGUCACAUUCAUACAAUGUAUGAAUCUCUCCCAGACCUUGCUUCCAAUACGAAACUCCGGAGAUACGUUCGACCAGUAUCUAGACACCGUUGUCACAAAAAUAUACGAGCCGCAUAUAGAUCUUUACCUAGCAGAGGAGCUUGACUUCUUCCACAAGGGCUGCGAGACCACAGUUAGCGACUGGGAUCGUCAACUUUCAGAACAGGCAGCCUCGACCGAAUCGUUUUUAAUGUCGAAUGUCAAUCGACAAGCUGAUAAGCGGGAUUUCCUCACUUCGUUCAAAAAAGUGAUCAUGAUGCCAGUCAAUAUCUUACCCAGUUUUUCAAGCAAGUCGAACGAGGAUUCCAAAUCGGAUGCCGAGAACAAUGACGACGGUACUUCGAAGAAUACCAACCGGUUUUCUACAAUGUCUCCUUCCUCCCCAAAGCCCACCGAGGAGGCACCGACGACAGAAUUGGCAGCCAAAGCUCUCAUCAUGAAAUCCAAGAUGGAAGGCAUUCGAUCAUUGUUCAGUAUCGAAAUCGCACUUAGUCUUGUACAUUCCGCUAAAUCCAGUCUUGAACGCGCCGCGCAAUUUGUGAGGCUGGGUGGGAAUUAUGGAAAAGCUGCGAAACAUCAGUGCGAAGCGAUAUUUGUGACUUUGCUGCGUAUUCUAGGCCAUCAACAUGUGCUUAUCGGGUUUGAUAAAGCCGUUGAUCAUCUCUCGAACUAUCGGCCCCGCGAACAAGACGACCGUGAUCAAUCGGGGGUGGAGCCUCUUGUGACUUUCUUGGAAUUGGUCAAUGUCGGAGAUCUGAUCUUGCAGAUGAUUGACGUCUUUUAUGAGCAAGAAUUGAUCGCCACCGGUCUCACUGACCGCAACGAUUUCAUCGAUCCCGCGGUGAAGGAAAAGAAAAGGUUUGAGCAGAUGCUCGAUGAGCGGGUUGCGGCUGGACUGAACAAGGGAAUCGACGUUCUCAUGGAAGAAGUAGACUAUAUCCUCGCCACGCGGCAGCUUGCUACUGAUUUCAACCCAGAAGUCUCGUCAGACCCACACCGCCAGAUUAUGGAUGUCGGCUUAAGUGAAGCUGCGACGGCCGUGAUAGAUGUGGUGUCAUCUCAUACACAGAUGCUUGUUGGGAGUACCGAUAAAAGCACAUUAGAUGUGUUCAACCAGGAGGUCGGAUUACGGUUAUUCACCGCAUUAUGCAAGCAUCUUAAGCGUCAACGGAUCAGCGUCGAGGGAUCCUUGAAGCUCAUCAGCGACAUGAAUCACUACUUCAAGUUUGUUCAGACUCUUAGGAAUAACGAACUUCUCUUAUAUUUCAAAGCCUUCCGCGAACUCGCACAGAUCUAUCUGAUUGACCCAUCCGAUGCGAAGGAGUUGGCGACUCUUAUCGCCGAUGCAGACCGCUUCCAGGGCGUCUGGCGCGUCGAGGAAGUUUAUGAAUUUGCGGAGCGUCGAGCUGAUUGGUACCACGUCAAACGAGAUGUGGAACGAGCCAUGUAUGGCAUUGGAUGCAGUUUGAUGUAA